AUGGAUACCAAAGAGAUCACCGAGAAGCCUAUCACAGGCGUGACCCCUCCGGAUGCUGUGCAUUCGGCCUCCUCCAAGUCGUCGAGCAGUGAUGAAAAGCCCACUGUCACUACGGCCGAAGAGGUUCCCUCUGAGAAACACAACGCUAUCAGUGCCCAUUACGACCCUCCUAUCGCCCCUCGAUAUACCAAGGAAGAGGAAGAUGCUGUCAUCCGCAAGCUCGACUGGCAUCUCAUGCCUCUCAUUUUUGUCCUGUAUUCCCUGUCCGUCCUCGACCGCUCCAAUCUGGGCAAUGCCAGGAUUUCCGGUAUGGAGAAGGACAUCGAUCUCAGUGGCAAGCGCUACGAUUGGCUAGGUACCGCCUUCUAUAUCAGUUAUAUCCUCUCGCAAUGGACGCAAAUGGGUUGGAAGGCCUUUCCCCCUCACGCCUGGGUCGCCUUCGUAGUCUUCGGUUGGGGGGUGGUUUCCACCUUGCAAGCAGCAUGUAAAUCUUGGGCUGGCGUGAUGGUCUGCCGAGUUAUUCUUGCCAUUUUUGAAGCUGCUUAUGGUCCCGGUGUCCCCUUGUACCUCUCAUUCUUCUACCCUCGCGAAAAACUCGGUCUACGAACCGGCUUCUUUUUGAGCGGCUCCGCCGCCGCCAACGCCUAUGGAAGUGCUCUCGCAUACGGCAUUGCACAAGCAAAGUCCUCAAUUGGGCCAUGGAGAAUCCUCUUCAUAGUCGAAGGCGCUCCUACGUGUCUUUUGGCCAUCGUGGCGUGGUUCUGGCUGCCAGAUUCGCCUCACCAUUGCAAGUUCUUGUCAGAGCGAGAAAAGGAGAUCGCAGUGGAUCUAUCCUUAAGACAGCCCGGAGACCGGACUGGAAAGAAGGGGCUGCAAUGGAAACAGGUUUUAGGAGGGUUGAUGGAUUAUCGAUCCUACCUUCCGCCCCUAAUGUACUUCGGUUGCAACGUCUGCUUUGCCUCCCUCCCGCUCUUCGUCCCCACGAUCAUCAGCGAAAUGGGCGCCUUUUCCACCAUUCAGUCCAACGGUCUUUCAGCUCCACCAUAUGUCUUCUGCUUUCUCGCAAUUUGCGGCACGGCUUUCAUCUCCGACCGCCUGAACCUGCGCGGCAUCUUCGUCGCCAUCCCCGCGCUGAUCGCAGCGGUUGGUUACAUCAUCCUGGGCACGACCUCGGGCGUGGCGCCACGGUAUUUCGGCCUGUUCCUAGCCGUCCUCAUCUUCGUCUCGGUGGCAAUGACGCUGACCUGGGUCGGAAAUACCCAUGCCACGGACAGCAAGCGGGCUGUCGCGCUGGCCAUCCUCGCCACGGGUGGCCAGUGCGGGCCCGUGCUGGGCACGAACAUCUUCCCCAAGAGCGACGCGCCGUACUAUCGCAAGGGCAUGUGGAUCUCGUGCGGCGCGUGUCUAAUCGUCGUAGUCACGAGCUGCAUGCAGAUGGGCUUGCUGAUUCGGGCCAAUCGCAAGCGCGACCAGAAAUACGGCCGCAACAGGGAGACGGUGCACCUCGAGGAGCCUGGCGAGCGAGGCAACGAUAAGCAGUUUAGAUAUAUGGUGUAA